AGAAGAAUUUCUGCUCUAUCAGCAAGUAGUUGUCCAUGAGAGAAUCAAUCAAUAUAUGAAAGAAUCAAUCGAUAUGUGAUGAGUGCGAUGAGUGUUUACUUAACGUAUAUACAAUGGCUACGUAUACAUGUAUGUGGUCUACGUUCUGUUACUCAGAUUUUCAAAUGCCCGCCGAAUCCCUGGGACUAUAUUUUUGUUGUAUUUGUCACUGAAAUUGCUAUUUUCUUUUCAUUUCAUUUCAGGUUCCGCUGUUGGAUUUGUGUUGCUCACAAGCUUUCUUUCAAUGUUUGUGGAACUUGGUGUCCAGACCUCGUUAACAAUGCAGGAUACACGGUGGGUGGGGAACUGGUGGCUAGGGUUUGCCAUAUUUGGUGCGAUCUGCGUAUUUUGGAGUGUUUGGCUGUUAGGAUUCCCGAAAGAGUUUCCGCUGACCAAGAAACAAUGGGAAAUCGAACUCGGCGUAGGUGAAACUGCAGCCAAAGUGACAAAAAAAGACGAAGUAACAGAAGAAGGAAAAGAAAAAGCAAGCUACACCAAGUUGAAAGAUCUGCCCAAAGCAACAAAACUCUUGUUUUCACGCCUUCCUUUCGUAUUCAUCACACUUGGUGUCUGCUUGGAGAAUUUUACUUUUACAGCUGCAACUGCGUUUCUGCCAAAAAUCAUGCAAACGCAGUUUUAUUUGCCACCUGGCAAAGCAGCUCUUUUGUUUGGCGUGAUAGCUGUACCUUGUGGAUUCUUAGGCAACUUGAUAGGUGAGAAAUAAAAAGACACUAUCCAAAAUAGCUGGAACUUCUGCCCCAAUAGCAGGUGCUCUCAUUGGCUACUUUGAGGUCAUGUGACAAUGAGAAGGUUUGCCGCCUAUGUAUUCACCAGGGUGGCAACUGACAUUGCCAACUCUAUGGUGUCAGAGCUUAACAGUGCACUGUUGCCCUUGAAUGGUGGCCGGCCAACAACGGCUGUUUUCAAAUGAGAUCUUUCGAUGUUCACGUUGGACUUAUCUCUUGGUAAGUGGUACCUAACCUCGAGUAUCCAGUUAA